UCCCAUUUCCAAGCUUGUUCUGACCAGCGGCUGUGCUGCUGAUCUCCACGGUUGUACGGGAUCGUAAGUAGUUGGAUUUUGACACCUGGAGAAAGGGGAGAAAAAAAGAAAGAAGAACUGUUUCUACAGGGAUUAGGUCGUAAUACCCAAAGGUACUUGGUGGUGCAGCCUGCAGAUGUCUGUCUUGCUACUGACCUAAUAAGAUAACCAUAAUGAGCUUGUGAUGCUCGCGUUAGAGCUGCAGGGGUGCUCGGACACCAUGAAUUGUCCGACCGCAGAUCUGUGGCUUUGCCUUUGGCUGCAAUUAACUUGCACUCUCAACCUGCACGUGAUUUAACACCUCAAAGACUUUAGAGCAAGGUUUCCCCUGCUCUAAGCACCUACCUACUGAAAACCUAGCCCUGGCCGCCUCACGGUAAGGCACUUCCUGAGGUUGCAGAAGGCAAAUAACCUGCCAGAGGCAGGUCGGGUAAAUUGUUCCUGGAUGACACUGGUCUUGCCAUUGAGUAGAGAGCUCAGAGUGACUGUGUCUAACUUGGGCAACCAAAAGUCGGGGUGAGAAGACCGUCAUCCUUGAGCGGAUUUGACUCCUUUCCAAAGGAAUGGAAUUAGACUUAAGUUGUCCUUUGGCCUGUGCUUUUUUUGAAAUUAACGGUGUUUGCUUGCACUGGAAAAAUUAGUAGAGCUGCCAGUUCAGGGAAAGGUUGUGAAUAUUUUUUUUUCCAGCAAGCAGCUACGUUUGUAAGCUGAAAAUACUCGGGUUACAUGUAAAGGGCGAUAACAUACAGUUAAUUUAUGGUCAGUAUUUGUUUGGUGUCUACCGCAAUAAUAGCUGAGUAAUUGGGUACAGGGGUCCAUAUAGCAGUCUGGCUUUUAGUCGAUUGCUCUAAUGGAGGCCAUUAGUUCAUCUGCUGUGACAACGCGGCAGUGGGUAGCGCCUAAGCGUUUUAAGAGCUUUAUAGUGUUUCUAGCAUAGAGGCUAAGCGUUACAGUAGUAUAGAGUGAUCUGGCAACAGUUGUUAGGUGCUGCUGCUCUUCACUGUGACAAGUUUGAACAACUUGGAUACUGUAUUUAAGUUUGUGCAGGCACCUGGGUAUGUGUGAUUUUUGUAAUCGUAAGUUGAUACUAAGAUCCAGAGCAAAGAUCCUAUUGCAUGUAGAGAACGCAGGAUCUUACCUGUGAACUGUAAUGGGCAUUAACAUCAUACAUACCAACUGUUGCAUCUCAUUUGGUUAUCUUUGUGUGCGCAGACGGCAUAUUUGCUUAACGCUUAACUUUUUGCCCAAGACACUUAACUAAAAAUUAAUUUAAAAAUGCCAGUUUGACACCUUUUCCCCAUCUUCUGAAACCAAUAUCGCUCUGAAAACCCUUCAUGAAAUGCAAGCGACAUUUUAUUCUAUGCCUCUGUCUUUUUGUUUUGUUUUCAAACCCUAGUUUUCUUUCUUAAAACUAAAUAAAGAGCCUAAAGAAUAAGCAGAAAGAUGGAACAGAGCGUCUCGGAGAGCAUCGCCCACACCUCGACAGCAGGCUCCGAUGUACUGGGUGCCUUAGACUGGAAAGACGGCAUUGGUACCUUGCCUGGUAGCAACAUAAAAUUCUGUGUAAAUGAAUUUGGGAUGCUAGAAAUCAUUACUGAAGCAGAAGCAGAAGCCAUAAAAACUCUUUCAACCUUAGCAGCGAAUGCCAGCCUAGCCAGCCUUGCUCCUGCUGCUGUCGAUGCUCCCACUGCCUCUAGCGCUGAUCUGAAAGUGCCCAGAGACGUUGCGCCCUGUUCUGAUUUCCAAGCCUGUAGGCAAAUGGAUGGCUUUGAGAAUGGAAAGUUUUGUGCUCAAACAUGCUCUCAGCAGUACAGAGGCAGUGAUACCAGAGACAUUCCAGAUGAUUGCAGAAACAGGGGAAAUAGUAGAAAUCAUAAUGUCAGCAUUGGCUGUCAGGUGAAUGAGGCUGACAGACCUGUCAAACGUCUCCGAAGGAAGAGAAGACUGCUUCUGGAGUCUGAGGAGGAGCAGGAAAAUGCAGAUGAGGAUGAGGAGAAGAAUAAAUCAAAUAAUAUGAAAGGCCGCAGAAACACUAAACCAAUAAAACAAGUUGUUCCUGCGAAGAAGAAGGUGUGGAACUGGUCUACCUACUUAGAAGAGGAACGGAUGCCAGCUGCUCCCUUAAAACUGUUCAGAGAGCAUCAAUCGUUCCCACAAGGCCGAAAUGGAUUUAAAGUCGGAAUGAAAUUAGAAGGCCUGGAUCCUGAACACCCAUCUCAAUUUUGUGUCCUUACUGUGGCUGAGGUACAAGGCUAUAGAAUGCGAUUGCAUUUUGAUGGCUAUCAGGAGUGCUAUGACUUCUGGGUUAAUGCUGAUUCCUCAGACAUCCAUCCUGUCGGCUGGUGUGAGAAAACCAAUCAUAAGCUGCUCCCUCCUAAAGGUUUCAAGGAAGGCGAAUUUAAUUGGACUUCAUAUUUGAAGAAUUGCAAAGCUCAAGCAGCUCCAAAAAGCCUUUUCAAGACUCUCAGCACACCUGUCACACCAUCCGGUUUUCGUCUGGGAAUGAAACUAGAGGCAGUGGACAAGAAGAAUCCGUCGCUGAUGGGCGUCGCAACCAUCACUGACAUGUUGGAUAACCGCCUGCUGAUUCAUUUUGAUAACUGGAAUGAGAGUUAUGACUACUGGUGCGAGGCUAGCAGCCCGUAUAUUCGUCCUGUUGGUUACUGCCAAGAAACUGGAACCCUACUGACACCACCACCUGGAUACAAGGAUCCCAAAGCCUUCUCAUGGGAGAAGUAUUUGGAAGAAACCAAUUCCCAGGCAGCCCCAGCGAGAGCAUUCAAACUGCGUCCUGCUCACGGAUUCCAAGUUAAUAUGAAGCUAGAGGCUGUGGACAGAAGAAAUCCCAUCUUAAUAAGAGUGGCAACAAUAGUUGACAAAGACGACCGUCGCAUCAAGAUACAUUUCGAUGGUUGGGACCGUAAUUAUGAUUUCUGGGUCGAUGCGGACAGCCCUGAUGUUCACCCAGUAGGCUGGUGUGCGAAAACUGGACAUGCUUUGCAAGUCCCACUAGGUGCUGUUGGCCCAGUGGGAACAGUGGGACAAACGUGUCCUACUCCGGGCUGUCACGGCAUCGGUCAUGUCAAGGGACCACGAUAUGGAACACAUUAUACGUUAGUUGGCUGCCCAUAUUCGGAUGUGAAUCUCAACAGAGAGAACGUGUUACAGGACCGUCUGAGUGGGGAGAGACCCUCCCCUAGCCAUAGCAUUCAGAAAAACAAGAGGCCAGAUACGGCUGCUCCAUUUCUAGGGGGAGCAGGAGAGUCUUCGCAGGAGGACUCUCCACACUCCAGAAAAUCUGCGCAAGGCAGUGAAAAAUCGUGUCAAAGCAGCCUUCACAGCCUGUCGGAGCAGUCUGAAAACAAUCAAGAGAGAGACUGGGUAGAAGAGGAAUCCUCCGCAGCCAUCAAAGCCAAACCAAAAAAGCUUGGGUGCUCGCAUGCCUAUAUAAAGUUGCAGCUGGUGAAACCGGAAGACGACGGAAAAGACCCUGAUUUCGAUCUCCAGCAGGCCCUCCACCAGUCCAUCUUCAUGCCUUCCCUGUCCUCUAACCCAAGCCACCGCCUCCAUCUCUGCUGGGAGCAGCACUGCAGGCUCUUGCCCGAGGUCUCGGGCCUCACAGCCAAGCACGUGGCCAAAUGGACAGUGGAAGAGGUGGUAAGCUUUAUCCAGCGUUUGCCUGGUUGCAAAGACCAAGCAGCUGUGUUCAGGGAAGAGCAGAUAGAUGGAGAGGCCUUCCUACUCCUGAACCAGACCGACAUAGUUAAAAUACUCGGUAUCAAGCUGGGUCCUGCCCUGAAAAUCUACAAUGCCAUCCUCAUGCUGAAGUCUGCAGAAGAACACUGAGAAGAGCCCUUUUGCCAGAGCCCAAGAAGAUUUUACAGGGAACAGAUCUUCAGCUGAGAGCGUUACAAAGUGCCGAACAGGCAGACUGAGACUCGGACAUGUUUUAAGUAGAACUUGUUAAAACUAUUUUGAGGACUUACAAAUCCUGCCGCAAUCUGGAAUAUGGGGCAGCUUCACUUCCAAGAAGAGGAGAUUAUUAUAUUUUGUAAUUGAAUUUGGUUUUGAUAUAUCAAUCUCUUUUUGAGAUCUAGAAGAAACCUCCAGUUAUAAGGGGAAUCCAGGGUAACAUUGGUGGAGCUGCAAUAGCGAGAAAAAGCUAUGAGUGAAAUGACCGCUGUGUCCAGCGAUAGUGCCUGAAAGAGACUGAAUUAUCACCAGCAUGUUUAAUGUAUGUACAUAUACAUAUAUAUGUAUAAAAACUCUGACAAAGGAGGAGUGAGAAAAUAGGAAGAAUAUGCACUUCAGAGCAACUCACCUGUAUCCUUCAGAGCUGUGACUCAAGAGCUGACCUUUUCAAGACUAAUUUUUAAAUUCCAGUUUCUCCUGCUGAUCUUACUAGUUCAAAUACGCUCGGCUAAUGGACUGCUUGCACCACAACAGAAGGGUACCACGGGGUUUCAUCAGUGAUGGCCUACAUUAUUUCUGGUAACAAGACUUUCUCAUUCAUGCCACCACACAGUUGGAGGACGAGCGCCCCGUCCUUGGUUAGGCUUGGGGUAGGCAGAGAUCUCUCAUAAGCAUAUCUCCCACAAAAGGCAAAGAAAAAUAUUUCUAGCUCUCCCUUCAGUGCUUUUGGGCCAUUGCUGUCUAGACCAUGAACACCUUAUGGCAAAAUGAGACAAUCAGGAGCGCUUGAGAAUUUGCUGCGUUCAUCCAGACUCUCUUCGCCAUCAGCCGGUUGCUAGGAACAGUCCGAGCUGAAAACCUAGCCGUGGCCAGCAUAUGCGUACAGAUGCAAACAGAUGUCCUAGAAACAAUUUUUCUUUUUAUUUCCAACAAUUUAAACCUUAAUGAACAGCAAGCGCUUUGGCCCUUACGGCCUCCAGGUGGACUUUGGCCUGUUCUGCCCAUGAGAUGGUGUGCUUCAGCAGCAGGACAGCCCAGUCCUCUGCGUCUCUAGUGGCGAGUCAGGCAGAACAUGAAGGGAAGGCUGACCAGAGGGCGAUCAGGGUUUGAACAGGCAGCAAAACAGGGUACGAAUGAUUGUCAAAAGAGAGAGCUGAUCUGUCUGUAUCCGGGAAGAAGGGAAGCUUGUAGCGCUGUUCCCCUGCAGGUAGGUAGCAAUCUGUGCGCUUUGCUGGCAGUAGGAGAGUGCUAGUAUUUCCUGCUCCUCUGGAGGUCAGAGCAUGGUUUUAUGAGCAUGCUUCUAGGACUGGGCUGUCCCGGGUGAAGGGCUUCUGCCUCGCUGCUCCCUGACUCCUCCUGCUACCCUGGAAGCACAGGGGGAAGGGGUUAGCACUUUGGGGACUCUGUUUAAUGUUUCCUUUUGUGCCUGGCAGCAUGCGAGGCUGCAACUCCGUCUCUGGCUGUUCUCCUUGGAAGAUAUUUGGCUGUUCUGGGGUUUAGCUGGAGUCGUCUUAGCUAGGUACACCUUUCCACUGCUUCGUCCGAAGCUGCCGAGGUGAAACCGCCGUGCGUGAAUGAGCGAACCCUUCUGCACGCUGUGAGCAUGCUUCUGCUGAAGCAGAAGCUGAAGAUGGGUGUACUGUCCGAAUCCAGCCCAGGUUGCAUGAAUUUCUCAGGGCGUUUCAUGAUGCAGAUGUCAUCCAUCCAUCCACAGAUGCCUCAAACUCCCUCCUGUUCUCAGCAUCUUCAUCCCUAACGUUGUUGCCUUCGACGCAGUCCUGCAGCUACUCCAGCAGCUGUUAUGAACUGAGAAGGAACACGCUCUGCGCGACUGUGGGAUGGCACAAGGAACGUGCUUUGUCUUCCUUCCCUCAUUGCUCCACGUCCUUUGUCCAACCUUUCAGCUUCUGAGAAGGUCCUUAUGAUCUUCCUAAAGUAAUGAGUUCCUUAAAAUUGCCAAUAGAGCAGAAUCCAAGCUACUGAAUGCAUUCAGUCCUGGAUUAAGGUAUGGAGCAAUUUGUUUCCAUACUUUCUAUUUUUGUAUAAGAAGUUAAGGAGUUUAAGCCUUCCACGGAGAAGACGUAGGGGUGGUGGGAUAUUUAAUAUCUGAAAUAUUAAAUAACAGACAGUUCACUGCCUAGGCAGCUGCGGGAGAGUUUAGUAAUUUAAUGCAGGCUAGACAAGAAAUUAAUUUAAUUUAUUAAAAUAUAUUUCUAAUAUGAUAACAAGGAUAUUUGCCAAAGAAUCACAUUCCUUUAUCCCACUCAGAGCAUCCUGAGUCUGUGCAAGGACUGGCAUUGCAAGUGGCACGACCUGGACUCUGACACCAUUCACCUUCUAGGCAAAGCAGGAUUGUUUCUUGACAACUGGAGCAGAGCAUCGGUAGCUGGACUGCUCUGUUGCUGGCUCUCCGCUGACUUGCUAAAUAACCCUGAGCCCUUCUUUGCUCCAGUUUCCCCAUCUGUGACACCCUGCCAGGCGGAGGGCUUUGCGAUCUUCAGCAGCUGGCGGCUGAUGUUUGAGUGCAAUUUCACUUUGUUCUUGUUUCCAGUAAGCAGGUCCUGCAGAAUUUUCUAUUUUACCUCCUUCCUUUGGGAGAGUGAGUUGGCGAUAGCAGGUUGCCUCUGGCGAAAAAACCAAAUUGUAAUAUUAUUUCAUCUUUUUUACUAUAUAUAGAUAGAGGAUGAAGAGAAUUGGUGAAACAAGCAAUGAGAUACUAGUUACUGAAAUUAUUCAAACAGCAGAGAGUUCCUUAAUCCUAGGGGCUUCCAAGCCAGCUGGAUCAAAGAAGAAAAUGUGUACUUGGAGUUUAUUCAGUUACAGCAGUGGCAGUGUUUUCAGCAAGGAGGAAGGGAGGAAACCUUUUAGGGAUAGAGAAAGCAAGAAUCUGCUUCUUGUGCCUUUUUGGUAAUCCGAUAAUUGUCUUCACAGAGCAAGGAAGAAUGUGCACAGAUCUGUCAGUAGCUCUUCUUCCAAAUGUAGCUAUAUGUUAAUAAAAUCAAACAACUUCACAGUAAUGCAAGGGCCAAAAGAUUUCCAGUGUCUUCACUGGACAGGUUUAAAAUUUCCUCAUAUUUACAAGAAGAAAAAAAGCCUCAUGUUUUAGCCCCGACUUUGCCCCAUGACUUGAGAAUUCCCAGGUUGCUGGUGCCAUUUUGCUUGCACCAGUGAGCCGCACUUUCACAUGCAGCUCGGUGACUUGUUUCUCUCUGGACUACAAAAAUUUGCCUUUUGUUCCAGUCCUGAUCGAGGACUAUAUCUAAGCAAGGCGUCUGCAGAUGCCUUUGUGUGUUUAAUGCCUUGUUGUCCGAUUGGAAACACACACUUGGAAGCGGAAAGCCAGAAGUUGUAGCUGUGUGUUGUACAGAGCUGAAACUGGGUAAUGCCCCUUGGUUUAGGAGGUUUUCAUAAUGGACUGAAUAUCGGUAUACACCAGCUGUGGGCCCAGCUGAACCCAACAGUGGCUUAGAAAAUAAAUAUAUUACUUAAAAGCAAGGCAGAGUUAUGAAAACUUCCCAUGGCCAAGCAGUGCAAUUGGAAAGUCUCAGUUCCAAAUGAAAAUGUGUCUUUUUCCUGUAUGCCUUCUUGAAAUCCAAAGUGGUCGAUUUUUUUUUUUUUUU